CAGUCGGUAUCAAUACACGCGACAAAACCAACUUUUAAUCGGUCGCAAUUGGUAUACGAGUCAAUUAGCGACGUCGCUCGUUAGCGCGGGAUCGUCGAAACGUAAAACCGCCAAGAACCGUUUAGUCAUACACUCGAAGUGGCGAUAAUUACGUACAAACGGCGUCUUAAAUGACCGGGUUCAGUGUUUGCGCGCCCACGGAAAGUAAAAUGAACAUUUUGCAACAGUCCGCAACGUCAAACACGACGAACGAAAGACGAGGUGACGUGAUCAUAAUCAGGAAGCCGGCUAUUUUACCAAAUACUAAAGACGACAUACUUCUCACCAACACGGCCAAAAAGAAACGACAAACAGAGAAAAACAACAAAUACGUGCAGAAGCCGGCUCCUUUAGCAGUUGCGAGAAGAAACGCUCGAGAAAGAAAUCGAGUAAAGCAAGUGAAUAAUGGUUUUGCAACUUUAAGACAACAUAUACCCAACUCGAUAGCAGCAGCUUUUGAAUCAAACUCCGGAAGAUCUGGGAAUAAAAAACUAAGUAAAGUAGAAACUUUAAGGAUGGCUGUGGAAUACAUUCGAAGUUUAGAGCACAUUUUAGCUUCAGAUGGUUGCGAAAUGCCUACAUAUUCAAACCAAACGUUUUCCUUCAUCUCAUCCCCACAUUCAGAUGAUGAUGAUUUAUCAAAUCCAACUCCACCUCCAACACAAACGUACAAACUCGAAAAUAACCAUCAAUAUCACCACAUCAUCCCAGUUUACGACGAUCCAACUACAAUCAACAUCGACGAUUCCUUAUUAACAGAACAAAUGAUCGAUGAAAAUAUGGUGUUUGAUGAAGAUUUGAAUUUGCUAAAUUCCAUACACACCACAGCUUCUUUAUCCCCCGAAGUAUACAGUGAUAACUCUCUUUCACCAAGUGAUAAAAACGAAAAAUAUACGUUCAAAACUGAAAACGUAUUCAAAGAGGACACCAUUUAUAAGACUGAGAACGUUUUCAAAACGGAAAUGGACGUAAAAAUUAAAGUGGAACAACCAAUCGAGCUUGAAGUGCCUGAAGAACACAAGGAAAAUAUGUUACACGUUGGAAUGUUAUCGUCAUGGUGGGAACAACAACAUAUUCAGGUUCAAAAUAGCUAGUCAGAGGAAUUUUUCAUUUAAUUUUACGUAAACCUCCACAAGUGCCAGUAAAGGACGAGUUUUCGCCCGAUGAAACCGAAAUGUGAUUUUGAAACAGAGUUUUUGUAACCGAAUUUUUUUUUUGGUAAUUACCAAAGUGUACAGCAGGACUUUUUAUGGCUUAUAUUUAUUUGGUCAGUAUUUUAAAUGAAGGAAAUUUAUGUUAAAUUGGAAAUAAUAUUAAAUUAAUGAUGUAAAUAUAUUUU